AUGGCUAUUGGGUUAGCUGUUGAUUUUUCUAUCCAUAUUUGUUAUCGUUAUCAUCGUUGUUCCUCUUCGAUGACUGCUGAGCAAAAAGUAAUUGAAACACUUUCGAUUGUUGGAUAUCCAGUUUUACAAGCUGGGGGGUCUACUUUAUGGGCUAUGACUACUCUUCCUCUUAUUCCUGCCUAUCUAGUUAGAGUGUUCUUUCAAACGGUUGUUUUGGUUAAUAUAUUUGGACUUUUACAUGCUUUAGUUUGGUUACCACAAUUUAUUUCAGCUUUGGAUCCUUUAGAAAGAAUUCGUAAAAAAUUAAUUUUUUAA